AUGGGGAGCGGUGCCUUUGCCCUGGCCCUUGCCCUGGCCCUGGUGGUGUGCGUCACCCCUGCGGAGAGGAAGUGCCUCCUCUCCGGGUCAUGGCGGAGCGACACUGGCUGCCGGAUGGUCGUGUCCGUCCUCAGCAAGGACGGCAGAUUCUCCGGUUCCUACCUGCCGGGCCCUGCCGCCGGCAACUCUGAAAUCCUCACUUCACCACUGGAGGGGUCCCAGCAGGAUGCGAGGUUGGUCCCGCAUCCCACCUUCUCCUUCAUCGUGCACUGGCAGCUCCGAGACUCGGACACAACCCAGAUGACUGCCUUCCUGGGCCAGUGCUACACCGGCACCAACGGGGAAGAGACCCUGCAUGCCCUGUGGCUCCUGCGAGAGGCGGCCAACAGCCCCGCUGAGGACUGGAAAGCCACCCGGGUUGGCACCAGCAUUUUCACCCGAAUAAAAUAA